GCUGCUGCCAUCCCCGCGGGGCCAGGGAGACAGGAAGCCCUGUCGGUCCCCAGCGCCCCACCCCCAGAGGCAGGCCCCCCCCCCACUUCCUCUGAAUGGCAGAUAAAGGGGCGCAGGGGCCCCGGAGCAGAGCGUGGCAGGCGACCCGGGACGAUGCUGCAGCUGCUGCUCCUGACCCUCCCCUGCCUGGGGGGCUCCGUGCCUGUGACCCCAGAUCCCGACCCAGGACAGGAGCUGGUGGGCAUCUCUGGGGGCUGCAAUGUCUCGGGCAGGAAGUACCCGUGGCAGGCCAGCCUCAGAUCCUACAGCAAGAGCGCCCGCGGGUGGGAGCACUGGUGCGGGGGUGCUCUCAUCAACCCCCAGUGGGUGCUGACCGCCGCCCACUGUAUGGAACCGGAGGACCUGGAGGCCUGUGCCUACAGGGUCCAGGUCGGGCAGCUGAGGCUCUGUGACCACAACCAGCUGAUGAAGAUCACGCAGAUCGUCCGGCACCCCGACUACAACGCCAGCAGUGGGGCUUGGGGGGGCGCAGACAUCGCCCUGUUGAAACUGGAGGCCCCCGUGGCACUUUCAGAUGAAAUCAGCCCCAUCGGUCUCCCGAGCGCCCUGUCGAGGGUCCCCGUGGGGAAGACGUGCUGGGUGACCGGCUGGGGGGACAUCGGGCCUGGAGAGCCACUGCCCUGGCCUUACCACCUGCAGGAGGUGGACGUCCACAUCAGGGACAGCUCCACCUGUGACCGCACCUACCGCCACGAUGUGCCGUCCAACGACACCGGGCGGGUCAUCAGGGACGACAUGCUGUGCGCCGGCGCCCCCAGCCGCGGCCUCUGCCACGGUGACUCCGGGGGGCCCCUGGUCUGCCGCUGGAACUGCACCUGGGUCCAGGUGGGCAUCGUGAGCUGGGGCCACCACUGCACCAUCCGUGAUCUCCCUGGGGUGUAUACCCGCGUGUCGAGCUACGUGUCCUGGAUCCGCCAGCAAAUCUCCAGCGACGUCAGCCCCUAGAAGGGUCGGCCUCACCCCCCAGCACCCCGUGGUGCUCCUCACCCUGGCCCCUGCUCCAAGGAACCUCCUGGCCCCCCGACCCCGGGCUCGCCCCCUCCCUGCCCUCCCUGGGGUCCUGGUGGGUAGAGGCCCGGGGGCUCCACUACCUUCCAUGCACUCUUGAAUCU